AUGGAAAUGGAAAUCGCGAGAAUGCAAGCGAAGGAGAAGACUCGUAUGAGGGUCAUAAUUAGCGCUGAUGGGAGCGUUGAUUGUGUUGACAAUGUCGAAGAGCAUAAGUGGAUACAGACUGUGGACAAGGCUCCCAACGUUUCACUAGGACAAAAUGUCCAGACGAGGAUAAAGCAAUUCUCUUUGAUGAAUAAGUUCAAGAUGAAAGUUCUCAGAGUAGUAGCAGACAAUUUGCCUGAUGAGCAAGUGGAUCAUAUCAAAGAGAUGUUCCACGUGAUGGACACCGAUAAAAAUGGAGAUCUGACAUUUGAAGAGUUGAAACAUGGCCUUCACAAGUAUGGACAGCAAGUUGCUGAUCCUGAUGUGCAGAUGCUGAUGGAUGCAGCUGAUGAAGAUGGAAGCGGAACGCUGAACUGUGGGGAGUUUGUGACUAUGUCAGUCCACUUGAGAAGGAUUGGCAGCGAUGACACCUUACUCGAGCUUUUGAAUUCUUUGACAAGAAUUGAAGCGGGUAUAUUAAAUUCGAUGAGUUGAAAGAAGCUUUGAUAGAUGACAAUCUUGGUCC